CAUUCUUGGCCACCAGGACAGACUGCUGCUUCCUGGCCAACCACUGGCAAACCAUUGGUCAACUGGGACACCAGAGGCCUUCUUGGCCACCAGGACACCCUGCUGGUUCGUGGUCAACUGUUGGUCAACCGUCGGCCAACCAGGACGCACUGCUGGCUGCUGACACCCAUCUUUUCCCUGCAGCCAUCCUUCAGUUCCCCGUUUUCUUGGUAGGUUUGCCACUUUUUGUCCAGCGGACCGUGGCUCGGACGAUCGUCCUGCAGGAGAUCAUUGGCAAAGGCCGCUUUGGGGAGGUGUGGCGCGGCCGAUGGCGUGGAGGUGACGUGGCUGUGAAGAUCUUCUCUUCCCGUGAGGAACGCUCCUGGUUCAGGGAAGCAGAAAUCUACCAAACGGUGAUGCUGCGGCACGAGAACAUCCUGGGCUUCAUCGCCGCCGACAACAAAGACAACGGGACGUGGACGCAGCUGUGGCUCGUCUCCGAUUACCACGAGCACGGAUCUCUCUUCGACUACCUGAACCGCUACACGGUGACCAUCGAGGGGAUGAUCAAACUCGCUCUGUCGGCUGCCAGCGGCCUGGCCCACCUGCACAUGGAGAUCGUGGGCACUCAAGGAAAGCCUGGGAUUGCUCACAGGGACCUGAAAUCCAAGAACAUCUUGGUGAAGAAGAACGGCACGUGUGCCAUCGCUGACCUGGGGCUCGCCGUGCGCCACGAUUCCGUCACAGACACCAUCGACAUCGCCCCCAACCAAAGGGUUGGAACCAAACGAUACAUGGCUCCCGAGGUGCUGGAUGAAACCAUCAACAUGAAGCACUUUGAUUCCUUCAAGUGUGCCGAUAUCUACGCCUUGGGUUUGGUCUACUGGGAGAUCGCUCGCAGGUGCAACGCAGGAGGUAACGCUGCUUGGUGCAUCGGCUUCCCCAGCCCUGCUGGCGGGGAGAUGCGAGGCUCUCAGGAGGCCGCGUUGGUGUCCACAGCCACCAGAAUUGGUCCUGGCCACGGUGGGGAGGAGGAGUUUGGCUUUCUGGGCAGCGCCUGCUGUUCUUUUGGGUGGGUUUUGAGGAAACGGAGGACAGAAAGGCAGGGAGCUGCUGGAGGGGAGCUGGAGGUGAGCAGGGGCUGCAGCAGCGCCCUGCAAAGCCAGGCUGAGGAGCUGGGGGUGAGCUGAGCGCAGCCAGGAGGGGAGGCAGCUCCGUGCGAGGGGAGAUGAGAGCAGGACGAGGGGAAACGAGGCUGAGGGAGGGCAGCUGGAGGCCGGGUGUCGGGGAAGCGCUGCGCUGUGAGAGCGGCGAGGGGCUGAACGGCUGCCAGAGGGGCUGCGAUGCCCCGUCCAUCCCUGGAGGGGUUGGAGGCUGGAUGG